CACCAGCGUGACUCGGUAGCCAAUAGGAACACAGGAUUUAGGAAUCGUUAACUUGUAGCAACAAUGGCGGCAGAGGGAGAUUUUCUUACGCGUUAUCGAGCAGUAUCAAACAAGCUGAAGAAACGUUUUCUUAGGAAGCCUAACGUCGCAGAAGCAAGUGAGCAGUUUGGUCAGUUAGCUAAAGAGCUGAAACAACAGGACUGCCUUCAGUAUGCAGCCUUCUGUAAUUUGGCCAUGGCUCGGUGUGAGCAGACUCUCUUCAAUGCCCCAGGGGAGGCUCUGGCUCUGACUGAUGCCGCCCGACUCUUUCUAGCCUCUGAGCAGGAGACUCGAGCUCUGCAAGCCCCGGGCUUUGAUGAGCAUCUGCAAGCUGCACUCAACUGCUACAGCUUUGCCAUAAAGGUUUAUAUUGAGAUGAAUCAGCCGGUCAUGGCUGCCAGUCUCUCCCUUGAACUUGGAAAAGCGCUCAAGGAGAUGAAUAAGCCAGGAGAGGCUAUCGUCCACUUUCAGAGAGCUGCAGAGCUUCAGUCACAGAUGCCUAUCGAGGCUUUGUUGUCUUUUGGAGAGAUGGCUUCCUGCAAAAUACUGAGCCGUGAUUAUGACGGUGCGCUGGCUGUCCUUUCAGAAAUGCAGGCCAUGUGUCAGGAGAGAGGGCUGCAGCUUCCUGGCACAAACACCCCUGUCGGUGCUUUUAUGGAUAUAGUAGCAAAGUGUGAAAUCUCCAGAGUACUUCUGCUCAUGUUGCUUGAGCCUCCUCCACAGAAGCUACUGCCUGAGCACGCACAGACACUAGAGAGGUAUGCCUGGGAAUCUUUCGACUCACACAGUCAAGUUAACUUCCUUGCAGAAGAUGUCUUCCUCCUGCUGCAGUCUGUGGUGAUGGCAUGUCAGGAAAAAGACAUUGAAUCUCUCAAAUCUCUCCAGACAGAACUGUGGCCUCACCUCUCUGCUGAACAGAAUCACCUCCUACAUCUCGUCGUGCAGGAAAGAAUCAGCCCCUCUGGUCAGGGGGUUUAGUUCAGACCUACAUACAGCCAUGUGAAAUCACUCCGUGUCCACUUCCACUGCCUGGUGCAUCACGUAGGGAGUCUUACAGAAUGACAGUACUGAAGCUAUGGUACAGUUAUAACUGAAUAUUUGUAUUACAUCUUGAUGACUUGUUAAAGAAUACUUUAUUUCUUAACGUUGACAAAUGUGAUGUACACACCGAACACGUCCACCACAGGACAUGAAUCUAUAUUUUGUCCUCCAUUAAGUUUCAUUUUGAAUCA